CGCUAAUUUCAAAUGUUGCUGCACAGUAAGUGUCAUGUUCGUUUCUGUUGUAAACGAACCAGUUGAACUGUGGUUGUCGACAGCAUCACAUUGAUCGCUGAUUUUUAUCCUUCUACUAAAUCAUGACUAGUGCAAAGGCAAGACCCGUACCUACCACAAAGGUGACAAACCCAGACGACGAUCAGGAGAUCGUAAAUAUGAUACAUUCCUUGAUGCAACGUGUACAGAGGAGGGAUCUACUGCGAGAAGAUUUGUAUCAGAAACAGAAUAAUUUUAGAAAAAUAUUAGUGGAAGUAGAACGUGAAAAUACGUCUCUAAAGAUUGAGAAUAUUUCAUUAAGAAAUUGUAAUGAUCAGCAGAAAAACGUAAUUUCUUCAUUGGAGAAGCGUGUUUGUAAGUUGGACAGACAAAUUGACAGCUUGUUGUAUAAGUUAAAUAAUGCAAAUGACGUUUUGAGGAAUAUGCAACAGGAGGUGAGAAACAGAGACAAGCAGCUAAAACAAUAUGCAAUAGACAAGCAAAAGAUAAUAAAGAAAUGUAAUAACAAGAUACAAGCUGAAGCUGAUAGAAUGACUACAGAAUUGGAGACAAAGCUGCAUAACCAACGUAAAGAAUUGCAGAAACAGUUUAAAAAAAAGGAUGAAAAGUUAAAGAUGAUGAAGAAGAUACUGAUAAGUAGUGACAAUACGUCCGAUAAUACUGCAGUAACGGCACAGUCAGAUUCGAGUCUGAAAACGGAAACGCCAGAGGUACCUGUCUCAACUACAUCUGCCAAAAAGUCUUCCACGGCGGUACCUAUCGAUUCUGAAGCUCCAUCAACAUCCACAAUUGUGUCGACUGAUGCCACAGCAAAAUCGGAUUCUGAAACGACAAAAAGCGAGAACGAUCCGAUUGAACCAUAUAAGCCGAAUAGAAGAGAUAAAGUCCCAGUGGUGAAUCUGAGAUAUCUACGAUUGCAAAACGCGAACAAGUGGAUAGACCAUCGUCCUACCCAGACGGUACCCGUCGGUACGAUCUUCCAGCCGCAAACACCGAGCAAAUCCAGCGUCGUAAAACUGACCGACCCGAAGCCCUUCAUGACCAAAUCCACUAGAUACUGUUUAUACGCGCAAGAGCAAGAUACGGACGGUGAGCUCGAGACCAAGCUGUACAAGAUACAAUUGCACGUCUGAACUUUCAGGCGGAUGUAUUGCCCACAAGCGGAGGAGGAGCGCAGGUUGUGUUUAAUGAUAUAGAGUGUCUGAAACAGGUCUCUUUGGCUAGACAGAAAUAGCAUAGUAGACCGGUAAAUACAGAAAAUAGUUCGGUGCAUUCAUAAAUACCUCAUCUUCGUGCACAAAGAGUUCCGUUAACGCUCUUAGUAAAAUCUGGACGAAAAACGAGACGUUUGCAGAAUUGAUAUUGCUCGUUGUCGUUUAACAGGGAGAAUGUUGAAACGGAAAUGAUAUUACUCAAGUCUCUCAUUUCCUCAUAUCGAUGCCGUGGAAUCCGUAACAGUCGAUGCCAUUUCGAAGCUCGGAGAUACAGAAGGCUGGAUGUUCCGUGUUAGAAACGUAACGUUUAUUUCCCUAUUUGCUCUCAAGUCGUAGAACAACAUUCGGCGUUUCGAUCCCAAAGUAUCCAUAUAUCGUAAUGCGAGCUGGAAGACGGAUUCUCUCUCUGCAGGAAGAUCGUUCCCGUGCAGUGAGACGUUCGACUAAGAGUAACACCACGAGCGCUAUCUUACACAAUAAAGCUGCAAGAACAACUCCGCAUACCGAUGAAUCUCAGUUUAUUUUUCAUGCGAACAAAGACCUUAUCGUUGCCACACACGAGGACGCGUGCUAACGGAUGGAUGCGACUUUUAUUAUUAUUAUUUUUUUGUCAUUAGAUAGAGCUGACACGCUUUUUGAAAUCGUUUCCGCUCGAACUAGUCACCGUGUUAUUAUCUUACAUACUGACUGACGAUCACGCAUAAAAGAUUGUACUCCCCGAAACACAAAGUGUCCUGCAACAAAUGUCGGUAAUGUACAUACACACGCACACACAUACAAAACAUUUCCCUCCUCCUUUCAUCUAUCACACCCGUUAAUCUCAGCGCGCAGAAAUCAAGUGUUAAAUACAUACAUAUACAUAUAUAUUUGCAUAUAUGUGUAUAUGUAUAUAUGUAUAUAUAAAAUUAUAUACCAAGUAUCAAGACUAGAUGAAUAUAUAUAUUAAUCAUUAGAAUAAUUAGUCAUUAUAUUAUGUUCGGCUCUGACAAAUUAUAAAAAUGUAUUAUUAGAUUAUUUAAAGAUAUUGUCUUAUAUAUACGCAACGCUGCAUCCUCACUCUGUCUCCAUACGGUACAAAUCACCCGACAUCCGUGUCGUUGGAAACUCUCUCUCUUGCCAACUCAUUUCGUGCUAAAUCAUGGAUGUGUUCAGUGAUAACGUGAAAUUAAGCUAAAGACGCGAGAUAUGCCUUCACGCGACAAAUCUUCGGUAAACAAUAUCUACAUAUGUAUUAUUGUGCAAGAGGAGAUUUGCAGUGCUCGUAUCUUUUUUUUGGUUUUCUGAAGAACGGUAUAUAUGUCUUUUUUCCGAGUAUCCCUUUUGUGUUUUGAGAAAGAAGAGGUCGCGAUUAUCGUAGCGAGAAUAACCGAUUGAAUAACGCCCGUAUGCGGACGUGUAACGAGUAUCAAAGAGAUAUGUAUCGUAUCUAAUGUCAUUCACAGAGAUUCCGAGCUUCGUUCACCUACGUUAUUUUUGCCCCUAUCGCGGAGUGUAACCGAACUGUUGUUCGCAAAGCGUCACAUUGAUUCGUAGUAAUCGGAAUACGUUAUAUAUAACUGAAUCAGA